UUCACAGAAGAGGACAGCGAGGUAGCCAAGCAGUCUGUGAGUCGUGAAAAUAACCCAGAGGACUCAUGCCCAGACACUGCACCUGUUGCUAGCUGUUCUUUGGACAGACCAAGUGAAAGUGAGAAAGGACUCCAGGCAGCUGCUGAGGAAUCACCGGUGAACAAUCUUUUGAAACGGAUAGAAGAAUUAGAGGAGGAACGUGACUUUCUUAGGCACACUCUUGCGUCCGUCUGUGGCAAGGAAAAGAAAAAGAAGAAGAAGAAAGACACUAGGACUAGUAGUGAGAGUGAUGAGUUAAACUCUUCAUCAUCUUCAUCCUCCUCCUCCCUCCCAUCAUCUUCAUCGGAGGAUGAAAGAUGCCGCAAAAAAAAAUCCAAAAAGAAGAAAACACAAAAAAACAGGUCAAGAUCUGCAUUCUCCAGUGCUACAGUAAGAGCCAAGUGUCCAGAGGACGUUCUGAAGAGAUACAAAAAAGUUCUUCGAGCAUACAAAAAGGAAGGAAGCAUGACAAGAGCUUUCACGAAAGUUGGAGUGGACAGAAAUACCCUUGCUCUCUCUGCAGUUGUGGCUGAGAUUCAAAUUAUUGACCCAGAAUUUUAUCGCUCCAUCCCCCAGUUCCAGCCUCAGCAAGACAAGCUUUUUGAUUUUGCUCAGAGGUGCUCAGAGGCCUUGACAAAUGAGGUGAAAGCCUCAAUUAUCUCAGCAAAAAAGAGUGGGCAACUCCUGCCAAUUAAGUAUAAAUUUCGCUAA